UGUCAAUUAAAAUGACAAAUCAAAGUUCUUCAAUUCUCUGAUUUCUGUCUAUCCCCGAAGAAUGAAUUGUCUUUUGUAAAUGCACAUUAGCCGAUAGAAAACGAAAUCAUUUAUAGGACGUUCGUACUGAAAAAAAAACUGUGAUAAAUUUUCUUGUGAGCUAUUAUUCAAAAUGCCUUCAUUCAAAGUUAAAGUUAAAUGGGGAAAAGAAAUUUACCCAGAUAUAGAAGUGAACACAGAUGAACCUCCUCUAGUUUUCAAAGCUCAAUUAUUCGCCCUUACGGGAGUACAUCCUGAAAGACAAAAAGUUAUGAUAAAAGGAGUCACUUUGAAGGAUGAUGACUGGACAAAUUUCAAACUGAAAGAUGGCGUAACAAUAUUACUUAUGGGUAGCAAAGAGGAAGAUGUUCCUAAAGAGCCUGUUGAAAAGACAGUUUUUGUUGAAGACAUGAGUGAAAAUGAAUUAGCAACUGCUUUAGAUCUACCAGCAGGCCUAACUAAUUUAGGUAAUACCUGUUAUAUGAAUGCUACAGUUCAAUGCCUCAAGUCAGUCCCAGAGUUAAGGGAAGCGUUACAAAAAUUUGAAGGAAAUAUAGCUAUGAGUAGUAAUAUGAUGCCGGCUCAGUCGAUUACAGCAGCUUUACGAGAUCUUUAUAAUAAUAUGGAGAAAUCUAAAACUAUUCCACCUCUUCUUCUUUUAAAUGUGUUGCAUUUAGCUUUCCCAAGAUUUGCUGAGAAAAAUGAUCAUGGUUAUAUGCAACAAGAUGCAAAUGAGUUUUGGACUGAGCUGAUUAGAAUGCUUCAGCAAAAAUUGCCAGCAAAACAAAACAAUGAUGUUAAUGCAGAAAAAUUCAAAUCUUUGAUUGAUCAGUUCUUUGGAGGAACAUUUGAUGUUGAGCUGAAAUGUACAGAGGCAGAUGAUGAACCAGUUACGAAAAGUAAUGAGCAGUUCUUACAAUUAAGUUGCUUUAUUUCACAAGAUGUUAGAUAUAUGCAUUCAGGUCUGAGAAAUAAACUUCAGGAACAAAUUACAAAAUUUUCACCUACAUUAGGAAGGGAUUCGGUUUAUACGAAAACUAAUAAAAUAAGUAGAUUACCAGCAUAUCUAACUGUUCAAUUUGUCAGAUUUUAUUAUAAAGAAAAAGAAGCCAUAAAUGCAAAAAUUCUUAAGGAUGUUAAGUUUCCCUUAGAUUUUGAUGCAUUUGAUCUUUGUACUCCAGAAUUACAGGAAAAAUUAUCCCCAAUGAGAGCCAAGUUUAAGGAAUUUGAAGACAGGCAAAUAGUACUUGCAUCCGAGUCCAAAGAUAAGGGAAAAAAUAAAGGAGAUUCAAAAUCUAGCGAAGCAUUAAAGAAAUAUGAACCUUAUCAUUUUGAAAAUGAUUUAGGUAGCAAUAAUAGUGGCUAUUAUACUUUACAAGCUGUACUAACCCAUCGUGGCAGAUCUUCAUCUAGUGGUCACUAUGUAGGGUGGGUUAGACAAUCAGGCGAUAGUUGGGUGAAAUGUGAUGAUGAAAAUGUUUCUCCAGUUACAACAGAAGAAAUUUUGAAGCUGUCAGGGGGUGGUGAUUGGCACUGUGCCUAUGUUCUCUUGUAUGGACCUCGACAACUUGAAAUUAUAGAAAAUCUAGAAAAAAUGGAUGAAAGUUAAGAGCAAUAUUUGAUCUCCUGUGCUUUCAGUAAUUAAUUCUAUGCUACGCUUUUAAAUGUAUCUGUAAGAAAAAUGAUCAUUUUUCAAUAAAGAUUUAUAUUUAUUA